GUUUACACGUUCUGGGAAAAGAAGAUGAUAAUGAAGUUCUGUGCGCUGUUGUUGAUCGUUCAAGCAUUCACAAUAUUCAUCAAGCCAAGCGAAGCAUCUGAAGACAAAACAAAAUUGAAAACCUGCAUUGAAGAAUACUGCAAGAAAACAUAUGCAAACUGCAAAGAAUUGUGUGAUACAAAUCAAUCCAAAAUUUCAUUAAAAGACUGUGUAAAAGAAGCAAAUUGUUUUGGAGUGAAGCACAAAAAUAUAAGUAAGAACAUAUAUACUUGCCUAUGUAUAAUUUUCAUUAUGCUGGAUGGCUACGUGUAAUAUAAUGCAACAUAAAAGUAAUAAGGUGUUGAUUUUAUCGAGUCAUCAAAAAAGUUGCGAGCAUGGAUCCGUAUAAUAUUGUUAUAAAUAUGUAUUGUGGAAAACAACCGAUAAACAGCUGGUGAAAUUAUGAGUAAACAAGUAUCCACAUGCAAUUACAAAUAUACAGCUGAUUACAUGAAAAUAGCCAGGAUGAACUUUUGUGCACAUUUCUCAACAAAUACAUAGAUAAUUUAAUGAUAGUAAAAAAAUAAGUCCAAAUGUGCUCCCAUUCGAAUGCAUGUAGUAUCGAAGUCUGAUCUAUCAAAAUAUGUUGACUAAAUAUAUCACUAUAUGUAUUGUUAUAUUAUUUAGAGUUAAGAUACACAGACUAGAAAAUGAUUUUAUCCACGUGACAUCAACAAUUUGUAGAGUGCUGACAUGAAUAAAUGGAAACAGUGAAAAAAAUUCACUGGGCAGAUGCAACCGAAAUAGGCGUCAGAGUGGGAAUUUCAUAUUUGUGGAAUAUGAGAAUACAGAUAAGGUGUGAAAUAGUAUUCGGAAGAUGCUGAGUAAAUUCAAACUGUGGCUAUCGAAAUAGUUCAGGUAAGCGUAAAUCUCUGUGCCCAUAACGGAACAUCUGAUCUUUCAGUAGAUUGCAAUGCAGGCAAUUCGUGGAAGUCAGUUCGGUUGCGAUCAGAAAUCAAAUGAAGCAACCACAUAGUGUGAGCAGAAAGCGGUGUUGCACUGCACAGUCAGCAUACUGUCAGACAUGCUUGUAAUCACUACUAGGUUGUCGUGUCCUUCUGAAACGCAGACGUCACCUCCUGCAGUCGACAAUUACAGUUUCUGUCUUCUUUCGUCUUCAAUCUCUCGUCCACCUUGU